UGUGACAACCACGUCCUCAACUUUGGUAUCUCUUCUGAUACUUCAGAUUCACAACCGACCAUCCCUUGUCCCAUCUUCGUCAUGGGAUCAAGAUACCUGCAAUUCCAUCUCCAUCCCUCUCUCUCCAUUCCAACACAGAAAUUAAAAUCUCAGAUUCUCAAUGGUCAAUGUCUCGCCAGAUCUACCUCAACUGUCCAUCGUCGCCACCAACCGCUUCUGCUCCAAACCACAACAUGUCCCGGGUCAACCACGGCAGCAAAAGCCACGGCCCAAUUCGGAUCCGAUCCCGGAUCCGAUCUCACCAACGAUGACCUAAAGCCAACAACGAAUGAAAAUAGAACCUUCUCAGGAUGGGAGAUGGCCAGCCUCUGGGUGGGACUUGUGGUCGGAGUCCCAACCUACUACCUCGCCGGCAGCCUUGUCGACCUCGGCAUGGCAUGGUGGCAAGGAAUCGCCACCGUUGUUACCGCCAACAUCAUCCUCUUGAUCCCUCUCAUACUCACUGGUCAUCCUGGGACCCGCUACGGCAUCUCAUUCCCCAUCCUUGCCCGAUCAGCCUUCGGUAUCAGAGGGGCCCACGUCCCCUCUCUGCUUCGCGCAUUGGUUGGGUGCGGUUGGUUCGGCAUUGAAUCGUGGAUUGGUGGAGAAGCUGUCUUCCUUCUCCUCCCAUCAUCUGUCAAGAAAUCAUCCCUAGCCCGUUCCCUCCCCUGGCUCGGCACAUCCCCACUUGAAUUCAGCUGCUUCAUCUUCUUCUGGCUAGCCCAGAUGGCCAUCAUAUGGAAAGGAAUGGAUGGUAUACGAGACCUUGAGAAGUACUCUGCUCCAAUCCUCAUCAUACUAACAUCUUCCCUCCUCUGUUGGGCCUAUGUCAAAGCUGGGGGCUUUGGUAGCAUGCUCUCCUUAUCAUCGCGCCUUACCUCUUCUGAAUUCUGGGCACUCUUCUUCCCUUCCCUAACUGCGAACAUUAGCUUCUGGGCCACGGUUGCGCUCAACAUACCAGAUUUCACUCGGCACGCCAAGAGCCAAAAAGAUCAGAUUAUGGGCCAGGUCGGCCUUCCCAUUUUCAUGGGAUUGUUCACUUUUGUGGGCCUAGCGGUCACAUGCUCAACAGAGGUGAUCUUUGGCCGUGUAAUCUCUAGUCCCAUCCAACUCCUCGGUGCAAUCGGUGGGUUCCCAACUAUGUUCCUGGCCAUCUUCGGAAUCAGCUUGGCCACAAUCACCACCAAUAUUGCAGCGAACAUCGUCGCCCCUGCUAAUGCCCUUGUCAACCUCAGCCCGUCGACAUUCAACUUCAGAAGAGGCGCUCUUCUGACAGCAAUGCUAGGCAUUGUUUGUCAGCCGUGGAGGCUUCUCCACUCCAGCGAGAGCUUCGUCUAUACAUGGCUGGUGGGGUACUCUGCACUUCUUGGCCCCAUUGGAGCGAUAACAAUAGUCGAUUACUACAUUCUCCGUGGCAUGGUUUUAGACAUCAAUGCGUUGUACUCAUAUAAUCCUCUUGGGGCUUACUAUUACUGCAGAGGAUUCAAUCUAGCUGCAAUGGCAGCUCUGGUUAUCGGAAUACUGCCAGUAAUCCCGGGUUUCCUGAACAAGGUAGGACUCCUGAAUUCAACUGCAGAGGCAUUUGUGGUAAUCUAUAACAAUGCUUGGUUUAUAAGCUUCUUCAUUGCUGGGAUUGUUUACUGGUUUCUCUCAUGUUUGGGAGGCCAAAGAGGGAUUUCUCAACCUGUCGAUCACCUAGCUCCCGCCGAGUAAAUUCUUUUAAAAUGGGAAUAGAAUUACUUGUAUACAUUAAAUGAAGGGAAUUGAUAUUUGCGUC